AACCCAACUGUUGCAAUACGCAUGCGCUCAUCAAGAAUUGGCAUUCCGAGGUGGUAGCUUGUUGAGCGAGCAAGAAAGGAGAGUUUGUUAUUCUCUGGGUUUAGCACUGUUCUGUUGGGAAUGUUUUAGAAGGAGGCUGGCUUUGGUUAACUGAAAUGGGCUUUGAAGGAGGUCAGUUUUCCUGUAUCAGUUUUGCUUUGCUUAAUGUUAUAAUUUUAUAGACCUCUGAUUAUAAAAAGGAACUCUUUCCCCCACCACCAAAGCAGAAUAAAAGUUCAUCAAAUGCACUAAAAUUUCCUAGUCAUUUCUCGACGAUUUCCGGCGAUCUCGAAAAGCCAGCCCAAACAGGUGUAUUUACAACACACUGUGUUUAAUAGCUAAAACUGUGGGAUUAUGUUCAGAGUUAAAGCAUUCUACAUGGCACAAUCUAUUCACCUAGCUACUGCCUGCCUAAAACUGCCUGAUAAACAUUUGUCUAAGUGGACAAAGAAAAACAUUACCUUCUUGCAGAACUACAAGACUGGCCAAAAGAGCAUUGGGGGAUCAGCACUAAGUGCUUGUCAGGCCAAGAUCAUGGGAGAGAAAAAACUGCCCAGUGUUUUGAUCUUUGACGUAGGAGGAGAUUUUGGUGUCCUGGAAAGCCAUGUCGAGUUCCUCAAGAAACAUUUUAAUCUCAUCACCAUGAAGGACUUUAAAAAAAAUAAGAAACAACUGCAUGAAAAGAUCACAUCUAUUUUUGUAUUUGAGCGCAGACCACUAAUUGACCAGGAGCUUCUUGAAAGCCUGCCCAACCUAAAGGUGGUUGGAAAUUCAGGGGUUGGAGUGAAUCAUUUGGAUCUGAAACUGAUUUCUAGUUUUGGAGUAAAAGUAACCAACACACCACAUGCUGUUUCUGACUCCACAGCAGACAUAGGCAUGGCCUUAAUGCUGGCAUCUGCCAGAAGACUAGUAGAAGGUUGUCAUAUUGCAACAUCUCCACAGACCAAGCAUUUUGCUGUGGACUGGCUAGGAGUGGAAGUCACCCGGGCCACCCUUGGUAUCAUUGGAAUGGGCAGUAUUGGGUAUAAAGUGGCCAAAAGGGCAAAAGCAUUUGACAUGACCAUUCUGUAUCACAACAGGAACCGUAGAAAAGAGGAAGAUGAGCAGGCAGUUGGUGCUGUUUAUUGUAAAAAUAUAGAAGACUUGCUUCAGCAAUCCGACUUUGUGAUGCUGGCUGUGAACUUGACAUCUGAGACACACAAGCUCAUUGGGAAAAGGGAGCUAGAGCUAAUGAAACCUACAGCUACUCUCAUCAACAUCUCUAGAGGUGCAGUUGUUGAUCAAGAUGCUUUGGUAACAGCACUUCAGAAUGGGAUUAUUAAGGCUGCAGCUUUGGAUGUGACAGAUCCUGAACCAUUGCCAAGAGAUCACCUGCUGUUGCAUUUGAAGAAUGUAAUUAUAACUCCUCACAUUGGAACUGCCACUGUGCAAGCCCUGCAAAUGAUGACAGAAGAAGCAGUAGAAAAUAUGUUAGCUGUACUUAAUAACCGCCCCGUUCCUAGUGAAGUGACCCUCAAAUGAUUUGGUGGAGAAUUUGACUAAUCAGUUGCUGAUAAGCAAAAUGAUAUUAAUCUCCUAAGUGACAGUGCAAUAUGACAAUAAAGUUGUUCUGGGAAGAACUAAUCUGCCUACUAUCUUUUCACUAUCCCUAUAACUGGCACUAAUUUUAGUCCAAAUCAGUUAGGCAGUUAACAAGUUAGCCCACUUGUGCCUCAAAUGUUCACACGUCCACCACCUUGAAUCAGGGUGGGUGACAUCAAACUAUGCCACAGGUGUCCCUAUGUGUUCCUACAGCUGUAGCAACUUUGGUUCAAAUCUGUUCCCACUUGCACCUCAAAUGUUCAUGCGUCCACCAUCUUAAAUUGGGGUGGAUGACAUCGCAAACUAUGCCGUUGAGAUCUCCCUAUGUUUCCCAACAACAGUGUCCAAUUUGGUUUAUAUUGGUCCAGGCAUUGCGAAGUUGAUGAGGAGGGCAGACACAUAGACAUUAUGCCAGGUGAGCUCACAAGCUUACUUUCUUUAAGGAAAGUAGGCUAAAAAUUAAGGCAGACUUUUCUUGUAUCAUGGUUUCAUGUAUGUAUCCUCAUCUUGGGAUUAUGUUGUGUGUAAUGAUGGUCUUAUCCAGAAGAUUAAAUAAAUUUAUCCAAACUUUUUAUUACAGUA